CCAGUGCACCAGUGUGCACGCGACGUGCCCAGUGCAUGACGCUGGACCAAUCAGAAGGCGCUAUUCCGAAAGUUUACCUUUUAUGGCUCGAGCCGGGCAACUGACGCAGUAUAAAAAACAAGCGCCCACAGCUAACGGAUUCACUCUGAGCGCCGACACACGCAGCUUGUGCGGGAUAUCAUUUGCCUGAAACCGGUUCCCUUAAAGCGAAAAGCCCCCCACCCAAAGUUCAGCCAUGGAAGAUGAAAUUGCCGCACUGGUUGUUGACAACGGAUCCGGUAUGUGCAAAGCCGGUUUCGCCGGAGAUGACGCCCCUCGUGCUGUCUUCCCCUCCAUCGUCGGUCGCCCCAGACAUCAGGGAGUGAUGGUGGGUAUGGGCCAGAAGGACAGCUAUGUUGGUGAUGAAGCCCAGAGCAAGAGAGGUAUCCUGACCCUCAAGUACCCCAUUGAGCACGGUAUUGUGACCAACUGGGAUGACAUGGAGAAGAUCUGGCAUCACACCUUCUACAACGAGCUGAGAGUUGCCCCUGAGGAGCACCCCGUCCUGCUCACAGAGGCCCCCCUGAACCCCAAAGCCAACAGGGAGAAGAUGACCCAGAUCAUGUUCGAGACCUUCAACACCCCCGCCAUGUACGUUGCCAUCCAGGCUGUGCUGUCCCUGUAUGCCUCUGGUCGUACCACUGGUAUCGUCAUGGACUCCGGUGAUGGUGUGACCCACACAGUGCCCAUCUAUGAGGGCUAUGCCCUGCCCCACGCCAUCCUGCGUCUGGACUUGGCUGGCCGUGACCUCACAGACUACCUCAUGAAGAUCCUGACAGAGCGUGGUUACUCAUUCACCACCACAGCUGAGAGGGAAAUCGUGCGUGACAUCAAGGAGAAGCUGUGCUAUGUCGCCCUGGACUUCGAGCAGGAGAUGGGCACUGCUGCCUCCUCUUCCUCCCUGGAGAAGAGCUACGAGCUGCCUGACGGACAGGUCAUCACCAUCGGCAAUGAGAGGUUCCGUUGCCCAGAGGCCCUCUUCCAGCCUUCCUUCCUCGGUAUGGAGUCCUGCGGAAUCCAUGAGACCACCUACAACAGCAUCAUGAAGUGUGAUGUCGACAUCCGUAAGGACCUGUACGCCAACACCGUGCUGUCUGGAGGUACCACCAUGUACCCCGGCAUCGCCGACAGGAUGCAGAAGGAGAUCACAGCCCUGGCCCCAUCCACCAUGAAGAUCAAGAUCAUUGCCCCACCAGAGCGUAAAUACUCUGUCUGGAUCGGAGGCUCCAUCCUGGCCUCUCUGUCCACCUUCCAGCAGAUGUGGAUCAGCAAGCAGGAGUACGAUGAGUCCGGCCCCUCCAUCGUCCACCGUAAAUGCUUCUAAACAGACUGUUCCUCCUCCCCCUCCCCAACCAACGCCCAACAACUUCAGCUCUGUGCAAAACAACCACACACACCACAUUUCUCAUACACACUCAGGCGCAGAGCCUAGAUGACCAACUCAUUGGCAUGGCUUCAGUUAUUUUUGGCGCUUGACUCAGGAUUUAAAAAAAACUGGAACGAUGAAGGAGAACGUAAUGUUUUGGCUAGGUUAUAAAAACAAAAGCACCCCAGCAUUUUGCAGUUGCAUCUGGGGACCUAAAAAUGUACAUUUUGUUUUCUUUUGAGUCAUUCCAAAUGUUUGUUAACUGCAUUGUUCAGACACAUGAUUCCAAAUGUUAACUGCAUUGUUCAGACACGUAUUCGCCUCUGUGAAGGCUGCCCAGUGGUUGGCGCAUACUUAAACAUGGUUGUAGUAUCGCUUGUAUGUAAAUUAUGUCUGGGUUUUUUGUACUUUCAGCCUUAAAAAUAUCUUGGUCCUGUUUAAUUUUUUUGUUUUUGUUAUGCAAAACCCAAUCGUGACCUCUUCUUCGCCCUGUUGGAGGUUUCAUCCCCUGGGUGGUGGGGCAAGGGGUCUCAAAGUGAUGGGGUAACAUGGGGUGCCAGACCGGUGGGGCCAACCUGUACACUGACUAAACAAUCCCAAUAAAGUGCACAUGUGUUCCGACAUGA